AUGGCCGAAGCCACCGUGAGGUCCAACAAGCGACAGGCUCAUCACGAUGAGUCGGAAUCCAACACAGCGGCGCCCGAUGUCGGUGCUGUGAGGAAACGCAGAGCGUUUCUUCAGACGAUGGGUCAGCAGCUUCGGGAAUUCGGAACUGAAGGAACGAGCCCUCAGGAUCAUAAUCGCAACACGUUCGGCACCAGCCCUGGAAGUAACCUCAGACCUCCAUCCAGCGCAGGUAAUGUCGCAGCAAACCAGGCGUCCGUUCGUCAUGUCGAUACGCCAGAGAGUGAUGCUGCGCCUGGAGAAGAUGAUCAGUUACCUGCAGGCGCAGCAAAAAGUGCGUCAAGAUGGCUCUGGAAACUGGACGAAGUACGUCCGCUUGAAUUAGAGAGCGUCACGCCGACGAUUGCUUUUGACGACCUUCUCGAAUGGAGCCAGUCUUACUUCGACCAUUGGCAUCCUGCUUUUCCGUUCCUCCACGCACCCUCACUCCUCGACUAUUUUCGUCAAAUAGCGCAGAGAGGCGUUCGCAUCGCAGCUCAAUCUACGUCAAACGAACUCCAACACAUUAUAGUACGCUCGAUCAUGUCAAUAUCUAUCCAUGAUCGACGACAAAUGAGCCCUGCAAGCAAAAUGAUGCCUGCAAUCCUUGUCUUCCAUUCAAUCAACGAUGCCAUCCGGAGUGUACAAUUGGUGCUAACUGAGGAAAGCUCUAUUCUCUCAUUACAAGCUCUUGUCAGCGUCCAAUUGUUUCUGAUUACGAUGCACAGGUAUAAUGCUGCAUCCCGUCUAGAAGGCUUGGCUAUUCGUAUGGCCUUUCAGCUAGGUCUACAUCGUUGUCCGUUGCAACUACCAAUACCAAGCAAAGAAGCAGAGCUAAGGAAACGACUUUUCUGGUCCGUAAUCUGCAUCGAUAGACACAUAUGCAUACGGCUCGGCACUCCACUAGGGAUACGGUCGGAUGAGGCCAAUGUCUGUUAUCCGCACACGGAGCAGCAUACUGAAUCGGAGCCUCAAACAGAUGACCUUGAGCGCGAUAACCGGCUAGACUUGCUGGACUUUCUCGCUCGACACGCUGAUAUUCGUGGGUCUAUUAUGCAAACGCGACACCAAUCUAUGUUACAUGGUAGCACCGACGAUAUCGACCAAGCCCUUGAAGUAGAAGCUGAGCACACCAAAUGGUGGAACACGGUCGAUGAACACCUCUCCGAUGACCAACAAACACAGACUAUAUCCAAAACACAUCAAGUCACUCUCAUUGUCCUUCGCUUUGAGUCGGUCCUCGCUCUACAUCGCUCAGUAUUAGCGACAUCGAAGAAGAACGCAGCAUAUAAUGCGGCGCUACAACGAUGCGUAUCAGCCUCACGCUCUAUAAUCAACACAUUGCAUAAAGCUCUCCGGGGGUUUGGAGCGUUCGAUGGCUCACCUGGUCAACAUGGGUAUGAGAGAGCCCCUCUGCUUUGGCCCUCAUUUACUUGGGCAGUGUGGAUGAGUACGUUCAUCAUUCUAUCCGCGGCUGCAGAAGAACAAGUCUCGCGCGAUAUCGCACUGAGGCUGUCAGAUCGAAGUGUGCAAAUCCUUAAGCACUUAUCUUCGAGGGGUACGAGUUGGCCAGAUGCAUGCAUCGUCGCCGUCCAGAAUCUUGCUGCGCGACUGGACAAGCAAUCGAAUCGGGGCCCCACGAACACAUCUGGAGACGGUUCGCGGACGGCAGUUCGUUCAACUCGUAACUCUUCGCUUGGAUUUGGUAAUGUGCCAGCUCAGCGACAAACAUCAGAAGCUCGUCUGGCAAAUCAUACACCAAUACGACCCAAUCCAGUGACAGGCACAAACACUCCAGUGGGACAGUCGCAGAGAUUGAACAACCAAUCACAUGCAGCAUCUUCUUCUACAAACUUUACGAACACAGCGAACGAGCCAAGUUUCCCGAACGUCAACCUGCACCACACGGAUGUGCAAGCUGUGAAUAGCCUGGGAACUGACUACCUUGCGGGCGCAGGUAACUUCCUUGGUAUUGCGCAACAAUAUUCUGAUAAUCCAUUACCCAACGAAGAGAUCAUGCAUCUUUUUAAUGGUGAAGACAUCAAUUACUGGUUUGGAAACGAUUCGGGAAUGGCCGGCAAUUCUCUUUAUUAUGAUCAAAAUUUCCAUUGA